AUGUCUUCCAUGGUAAUGCCGGUGUUGCUGUCACUGUGUUUCGCUUUGGCAUUCUUGAUCUUUUCAUAUAUGCAAGAAACACAGGUCUCAGCACAGAUCUUCGAGGCCGCUGGCGCAAGAUUUCUGAACUCCCCUUGGCGGCAACAUCCCAAGAGUACCAUCUAUGAUGUGAGAGGUGGGAGGCAAGUCUAUCAGUGGCUGGAGCAGGUGCUCCUGGAGCAGCUCUAUAUGGAGACUCCAGAAGAUGGAAGCCAUGAGGCCUACUGCACCAAGUCGCAUCCCUGCCGCUUAGGAGAGGGUAACGCCAAUUCGGACUCUGAGUGCUCAGGGCCGUUGAUUGCUGGCCGUCGCAACUGCCCAUCACGACUUGGGAGCCGAAGAGAUUGCUGUCAACAAUGCGUGGGCGAGACCUGUCAAGAGCAAAUUGUGCCGACCAAAGAGGUCAACUUAACGACCAAUACAUCUGUGCCCGACCUUUCGGCCAACUGCGCAGAUACCUUGCCACCCUGGUUGUCCCUGUUUGCUCGCUGGAAAACUGGCGAUCUCAUGGACGAAGAGGAUCCAGUCAAUGUUAGCUUUUGCCCUGAGCGGGUGGGCACUGCGCGCCCUCGUGGCUUAAUGGUGGGGCGCUUCAACCGAGCACUGAUGGGACGAAUCUCAUUGAAACGGCGGAAGCUGUUGAAUGCUGACUCACCAGUGUUCUCCAACGCAUAUGGGAAGGACACAACUUCUUUCGGCGUCUACAACUAUGGCAAAGGUGGUGGCUUCAAUAGAGCUGGUGCUUUUGUGGAGAUCCUGGAUUUUGAUAAGCCGAAGAAGGUCACCGCAAGGCAAAUUUCAGAGCUCAAAAGGGCAGGAUGGUUUGAUCUAAACCAGGGCUCUAUGGUCGUUGAAUUGAUGCUUUGGAACGGCAACGUGGAGCUUCUUACCCAUAUAGCGUUCGUCUUCGAACACCAGUUCAGCGGCAAGACCAAUGUGCAAGUGCGCGUCAGCAGCCUUGCAUUCAACAUCCACGACUUCUCCCUGGUGUCUUCCUACGUCCGGAUUUUCACCUACAUUGUGAUCAUCAUUUGCUUUGUGUUUUUCUUCCGCUCACAGGUUGAGGAUGUAUCAGCUGACUACAGGCUGUAUUUCUCUGAGCCUAUGGGUUACAUUCACUUAGCAACGAUCCUUCUGUGCGCCUAUGUUAUAGUGUGCCCUGGCUACUGUUCAGAUUUUCCUCUACAUGCAAGGGUGGUUAUUCCUGCCCCCCUUCCCCAGCUCAAGGGGUCCAUUAAACGACAUAUUGUUAAGACAUGUUAA